AAAACAUCCCCCACCCGCUCCCUCCCCCCACCCAAACCUUUCUGAAGAGCUGCAAUUUAAUCUAUGUCUCUAUCAUGUUGCUUUAACUGGAGACAAAAAAUAAAUGACAUGCUUAUGAGAGCUGGCACCUUAUGAAAGGAUUAUCUCAAUCUGUCAAUAAUAUAGAGCUAACAGUAGUUAUUUGUGAACCAAUUCCACUGCAAGGGUUUGUGCAUUACAUUUCCUACAGAGUAUUCCACAAUGUUCUCUUGCGUAUGCUUGGUUAGUUUUACACUUAAUAGUAAAUUUGACUGUUUUUUUAUGUGAAUUAGCUUCUUGUUUAAGGUUAAUGUGAACUUUAUACAAAUUUGUGUAUACUAGUUCAUCAUUGUUUGCAAGAGCUGCUUUUUCAUUCAUCUUCUUCCGUUGUAUCCAACUGAGUUAUGCACAGUAUAUCUAAAUUUCUGUACCUCUAUACGGAAGUAAUUAACAAAAUUACCAAUUAACCAUAGUGCAAUACCGAUACAUCGCACACUAUGGGAGCGCAGUUAGAAAUUGUCUUACCUAAUUGCAUAUGCUUCGGUGGAAUAUGACUCGGAUCUGGCAAAAGAUGACAGCACACAGAGAAAAAAUCUUGACAGUACAAUUUUGGUCAUUUACCUUUCGGUAUCUUUUUUGGAGCAAGAGAAAUCAGAUUUACCUACAUCAGUGAUACAGUUCAUCUAUCUUUUCCCCUAAUAUCAACACAAUAUUAUUUGGUGCCUUUUAGGUCCUUGAGAAUAUUUUCAGGUUACAUCUAGAAGUUAAUUUUUCUUUGAUUUAAGAAGUGAGAAAGAUGUUUAGCUAUUACUAAUAUGCCGGUAGGCCUUUUGCAUUGUCAAUGCCCUAUUGUUGUGGAGAUUUUGAUUUAGGUGCAGUUUUACUUUUUCCAUAAGACAUUCAUUUUCUGAAUGCUUGGUGCUGAACCCACCACUAGCAUAUUCAAUGAAGAAAAUAAGUUGGUAGGUACUGAAAAUGACUAGUACUAACUUUACAUGCAUGAUGCAGCAGCUUCAGGAUAAGAAAUACCCUUUUUUUUCCCUCAAAGGUACAAAUAAUGGAAAUGGUUUGUCUGAUCAACCAAAGUGUUGUAGUAGAAUAGUCAAUAACAAAAGAAGUUCCACCACAGUAGUCACCAUGUCAUAAACCAGUGAUUUUGUGGUAUACUGUUGCACUGAGGCGCUGUAGUGGGGCUGUAACACUGUGGCACAUGUACUCAUACUCAAGGCAUAUAAGAAUUUUAAUCACCAAGAUUCGGUGUCUUUAUUCUCUAUAUUUAAUUUAUUAAGAGAAAGCAUACCUGCUAUUUUGCUACGAAAGAGAGCUCCCUUUGAACUGCCAGAGGCAUGUCAUGUGUGCACACAAUUCUUAGUCUCAGUUGAAAAAUGUUUCCUUCACUUCACUUGCAAGAAAGUGGAUCAUGGAAAAAGUAAAGGGAAUAGUUGGACUUUGAUUGAUGGGCUACACAUCAUCGUGGACAACUUUUGAGCAAAGAAUUUUAAUCCAUGAUAAGCUGCUAUAUAAGACCAAUGAAUUCACUGUCCUAUGCAAACAUCACAGAAAUUAGAGAAGCAACUAUAUAUGCACAGGACAUCGUAGGAGGAUGAGGAAUUUAUCUUUGCCAUAUAUAGUCAUGGUGCUUUUGGUUUCGUGUUGUUUCAUUCAUGUAUCAAGUAGUGAACCUCCCCAUGGCAAUAUUCUCAAACUCUAUCCCAUGUCAUAGUGAAUAUGGAUCUUAAUCUCUUCUUAAUUCUGGUGGUUUGUUUUGCCAUUCAUAGGUCUAAGAGUGCUACAGGAAAGCAAAGCAACUCCAACCUCUGAUGCAACGACUGAGGCUAUCGAUUUUGAAGAAUCGGAAUUCACCCGUAGUGGAAGUAUGGGGUUUGAGCUCAAUGAUUACCCUGGUUCUGGUGCAAACAACCGCCAUUCGCCACACUCUGAGGGCAAUAGAUGAAGGGACAAACAGCUGAACAAUGGAUUUGUGAUCAACGUUAUAAUUUGCCAGUCUCUCCAGUCUCCAGUCUCCAGUUCACAUGUUCUUGCAUGGAAAAGCAUAAGAAAACUUGAACAGAUGACUGAGAUGACAAAGGAAGAGUGCCAUACUGCCAAGGUUGUAGUGCCAUAAUGCCAUUUAUAGAUCGAAAAUAAUUUGGGAGUACUCCCUAACUUGUAUAGACAUCAAUCUGACGUGAGUAAUAAUAAACAAGGGUGCAAUUUUUUUUUUUUGGGUCUAUGAGUGCUGGAUAAAUUAUCAAGCAUGCACAAAAAAAAAAGGGCUUGCUGAUGUUUGUAAUCUUGGAAUCUAAUGUGUGCUGUUGUAAUACUCAUUUCUCCUUGACAUGUUAAACGAGAUCUAUGAGAAUCAUAAUUUUAUUUAAGCCUUCAUGAAACCAUUACGAAAUAAGAUUCUUUUUUUUUUUGGAGAUACACAAAUACACAAUAACUUUUUGAAGUGUCAAUUUCAGAAAAAGAAAGCCAUAUUUUAUUUUUCAUACUAUUUUACACAAUUUUAACAUUUGUCAUCAUAUCCAACAGAUUGAAUAAUCCACCUACUGGAUGUAUUCAAUAACAAUAUGCCUUAUUGUUUUUGCUCGAGGAAAAUUGAUAUUUAAAUAUAUUUAAAUAUUUAUACUUCCUCCAAUCCAUAAUAUAAGACGUGCACGCAUUAUAAGAUUUGACUAAAAUAUUUGACCCAUAAUUAGUACAAUAUAAAUUAAAAUUUUAUUUGCUGAAGAUAUUAUCAUUGAAUUGAUAUUUGAAAUUAAUAUUUUUUUUUGCUAUAAACCUUUGAGAAAUCAUAAGCCAAAGAUUAUUUUUGAGACCGUAUCAAAUUUUACAGUGUAGAAGAGCAAAAUCCCCUCGCGCGCACACGCGCUCCACCUCCAUGCCGCAAAGCCAUUUGGCGGCGGCGGCGGCGAGACGCGGGCGCGAACUCCGUCCUCGAUGCCGGCGCCGCCCCCGCUCCCUGCGCUCCUGACCGGCCUCGCCCGCCGCGGCGCGACGUCCCCGGCGGCGGCGGCGGCGAGGCAGCUGCACGCGCACCUCCUCAUCCGCGGCCUCCCGCUGCCCGCCCGCGCCGCCGUCGCGCUCGUCGCGUCGUCGUCCUCGCCGCGCCACGCCCGCGCCGUCUUCGACAGCGUACCCGCCGCCUCGGCCAACGUGUACCUAUGGACGGCCACCAUCUCCGCCUACGCGAGGCACGCCUCGUCGUCCUCCUCGCACGCCCUCGAGGUCGCGGGAGAGGCGGUCGCGCUGUUCGCGCUCAUGCUCUGGUCGGGCCCGCGGCCGAACGCCUUCACCGUGACCUCCGUGAUCAAGUGCUGCUCGAAGGUGCGAGCCGUCCAUGAGGGUCUCCAGGUGCACGCGUUCUUGGCGAAGGCCGGGCUGGGCUGCUCCUCCGUGCACGUGGGCGCUGCGUUGCUCGAUCUGUACGGGAAUAUUGGCCUGGUGGGAGAUGCAAGGAGGGUGUUCGACGAAAUGCCCGUGAAGAACGUGGUGGUCGGGAACACUAUGGUGGCGUGCAAUGUAAGGGCCGGUGAUAUGGGAGCCGCGCGAGAGGUGUUUGAUGGGAUGGCAGAGAGGGACCCAAUCUCGUGGAAUACACUCAUGUCCGGUUAUCUGCAUUUGGGGGAUACUGCCACUGUGAGGGAAUUGUUUGAUGAGAUGACAGUGAGGAAUGUGAAUAGCUGGAACACGAUGAUUGCCGCAUGUUCGGAGGAAGGAUCGUUGGCUGAUACAGUCAAGGUUUUCAAUAGGAUGCGUGCGACAGGGUUCGAGCCUGAUGCUGCGACGAUGGCUGUUUUGAUGUCUGCGUGCGCACAGCUUGGUUCUUUGACAAUUGCAGGGCAAGUGCAUGGACUUUUACAGAAGAGUUGUGUUGAGAUGAAUUGCCAUGUCCAGAAUUCGUUGAUUGACAUGUAUGCCAAGUGCGGUUGCAUCAGCCAAGCUCAAUUCUUGUUUACUGAGACAUAUCCAAAGGAUACAGUGUCUUAUAAUGUGAUGAUCAUUGCUUUUGCGCAACAUGGACAUGCAAGAGAUGCAUUGGAUCUUUUCAAUGCGAUGGUUGACUCUGGGUUGCAACCUGAUGCCGUCACAUUUCUUGGCGUACUAUCAGCUUGUGCUCAUGCCGGGCUAGUGGAAUACGGAAAGAACUACUUUGAAUUGAUGAAAACCACAUAUGCAGUUCAGCAAUCCCCAGACCACUACGCUUGUGUGGUUGAUCUAUAUGGUCGAGCUGGGCUCAUUGAAGAAGCGCACUGUUUCGUGAAGACAAUGCCAGUGAAACCACAUGCAGGUGUGUGGGGAGCAUUGCUCAAUGCCUGCAGGAAGCAUUGCCAUGUUGAUGUCGGUGAGAUUGCAGCGAAGGAACUCAUCAGGAUUGAACCCAAGAAUCCUGGCAACUAUGUUCUCCUCAGAAACACCCUAGCUCGAGGCCAGCAAUGGGAUGCUGUUGAGGAUGUGCAGCUAUCGAUGAGGAGAAAGGUUAUUGACAAAACAGCAGGGUGCAGCUGGGUUGAAGUGGAUAGUGUUGUUCAUGAGUUCUUAGCAGGAGACUUCUACCAUCCCAAAUUUGAUGAGAUUUAUACUAUCCUGGAGCACCUGUAUAUGGAACUGACAUAAGGUUUAUGAUAUGGAAGAUACAUAUCUGGAUGAAGAGGAUCUGUGCAUUGUAACGAGAAAUUAUACCUGCACAAAAUAUUAUAACGAUACUAUCAGAGACGUAGAGGUAAUGCAAAUUGCAGACUUAUUGACAAGCAGAGAAGUAUAGUAACAAAUUGUUUGUCCACUCCAUGCACAAUGCAGACUUCCAGUCAUUUGCAUCUUAACGGAUUGUGUGCUGAGGAUGUUCAGGGGUGCCCGGUUUCCUCAUUGCUACAUUUGGAAGGAAAGGCAUUACUUGAUAGUUCCAGAAUGGUGUGAUGAUAUUCUUGUUACUAACAGCUGUUGCUGUCAGAUUGUCACAUUGGAUGUCAAAAGAAUAUCAAAUCUGCUUUCAAGCUUAAACUGAGGAAGUUACUGCCAUAUUUCCCAGAGGCUGGAGAGACCCCUGCACUCAAGGGGGCCAUCACCACACAGUUGGUGCUGAAUACUAAGAACACAGGCUUCUUGCUGCAUAUGGAUUAUGAAAUAUGAUAUGCUUGGGGUUGAGCCUCUGCUCUGCCGCUUUCCUGGGUCACCAAGCCAGCCUCUCCAACUAUUCUGCUUCUGGACUGGACGACUUUGGUUCCUUUGACUUGUUCACACAGACAUGCGACACGUUUUGGAUACCCAUCUUCGAUGUAGGGCAUUUCAUCCGAGGCACUCCUCAAUGUAGUCGAGAACAAGGUGUGUUUGGUAACUUUGGCAGAUAGGCACCAAGCAAAUAAAAAUUUUGGGAAUAUUUUGAAUUAUUUGGAUGAUAGGAAAAAUAUCGAAAAUCAAGACAGAAGGAGAAAGCAUGAGGUCUUACCUUACGUUUGCUUUUUUGUAAAAAUUCAUACGAAACAAGCUGUUCCACAGGGAUUUAAUUGUAUAUGUUCUUUUGGACUUCAGUGGAAUAUUCUUAUGGAUUUAAAAUUUCAAAUA